AAAUAUUCAUCUGCCCUUGUCACAAUACAGGAACUCAUGUCUUGGAAGGUAGUGGGAAAAUGGUCGUCACGGCUGUAGGUCUCAACUCACAGACUGGACAGAUCUUCUCCCUCUUGCUUGAUGUCAAAGGUCAACGAGGCCAGAAACUGGAGAUGGAGGAAGCAGCCAUUGGCAAUAAUGACACUAAUAAUGUGCCAGUUGAUGGUAAGGCUGCUGAUGGCAACCUUGAUACAGAAGUUCCAGACACCACACCAGGGGAGGCCCCUCACGCUGGCAAGAAAAAGAUGGUCAUUCCAGAGAGGGAUGAGGGCAUGUCAGAGGGGAAAUCAGUGCUGCAGGGCAAGCUCACCAAAUUGGCCAUCCAAAUUGGAUAUGCAGGUUGUACUGUUGCCGUCGUGACCACAUUGGUCUUAAUUAUCCGAUUUUGUAUCGUGGAAUAUGGUAUUCACAAGCAAAGCUGGGACAACAGUCACCUACAGGAGUUUGUAGAUUUCUUCAUCAUUGGUGUGACUGUGUUAGUGGUAGCUGUUCCUGAGGGUCUCCCCUUGGCUGUCACUAUUUCAUUGGCAUAUUCUGUCAAGAAAAUGUUGCACGAUAACAACUUGGUUAGGCAUCUGGAUGCCUGUGAGACAAUGGGUAACGCCACAGCCAUCUGUUCCGAUAAGACUGGUACUCUGACCACCAACAGAAUGACCGUUGUUAAGAGCUACAUCGGACAGAAGAUGUACAUAGAGACACCAGGUAACAGUGACAUCGACAGUGAGGCCAGACAUCUCCUGGUGGAAGGAAUCUCAGUCAACAGCAGCUACUCGUCUAGGAUUCUACCUGCAGAACAUCAGGGUGAAAUGCCUCGUCAAGUUGGCAAUAAGACAGAGUGCGCCCUCUUGGGUUUCGUCCUAGAUCUUCAUGAAGAGUACCAGCUUUCGAGGGAUAGAUGGCCAGUAGAGAAGUAUGCCUGUGUAUACACCUUCAACUCGGCCAGAAAGUCCAUGAGUACAGCCAUCCCUCUUGCAGAAGGUGGCUUCAGGCUAUACUCCAAAGGUGCUUCAGAGAUCAUGCUAUCAAAGUGUGAAUACAUCCUGGAUGAGUCUGGUCAGGCACAACCGUUCCCUGCCAGUGAAAAGGAGAAGGUUGUGAAGGAGGUGAUUGAGAAGUGGGCUAUGGAAGGUCUUAGGACUCUAUGUUUAGCCUACAAGGAUAUCACCAGGGACAAACCUACACCUCAGUGGGAGAUGGAGAGUACCGUAGUCAAGGAACUCACCUGUAUUGCUCUGGUUGGCAUCGAGGAUCCAGUCAGGAAUGAGGUUCCACCAGCUAUUGCAGACUGCCAGAGUGCAGGAAUCACAGUCCGUAUGGUGACUGGUGAUAAUGUGAAUACAGCACGCUCCAUUGCCGUUAAGUGUGGCAUCCUGAAGCCAGGAGAUGAUUUCCUGGUGCUUGAAGGACGGGAGUUCAACAAGAGAAUCACAGAAAAUGGAGUCAUCAAGCAGCAUCUGUUAGAUAAGAUCUGGCCCAAACUGAGGGUGUUGGCCCGCUCCUCACCUACAGACAAGCACACCUUGGUCAAAGGCAUCAUUGACAGUAAGCUAACGGCCAACAGGGAGGUAGUAGCGGUCACAGGGGAUGGAACCAACGAUGCACCAGCUCUCAAGAAAGCAGAUGUAGGAUUUGCCAUGGGUUUGGCUGGCACCGAUGUAGCCAAGGAAGCGUCUGAUAUCAUCUUAACAGAUGACAACUUCACCAGCAUUGUCAAGGCUGUUAUGUGGGGGCGUAAUGUCUACGACUCCAUUGCCAAAUUCCUCCAAUUUCAACUUACUGUCAAUUUAGUCGCUGUUACAGUAGCGUUCGUUGGAGCAUGCACAAUCAAUGAUAGUCCUCUGCGUGCUAUUCAAAUGUUGUGGGUUAAUCUCAUCAUGGAUUCAUUCGCCUCAUUGGCUCUGGCCACAGAGAUGCCCACUAACAGCUUACUCAAGCGCAGGCCCUAUGGUCGUACCAAGCCCCUUAUAUCUAGAAUUAUGAUGAGGAAUAUUAUAGGUCAUGCUGCCUUCCAGAUUGUUAUAAUAUUUACUAUUCUAUAUGCAGGUCCACAGAUAUUUGAUAUAGAUGAUGGUUCGCAAGAGGGUCCUUCUGGAGCACCCACACAUCAUUUUACCAUUAUCUUCAACACCUUUGUACUAAUGCAAAUUUUCAAUGAAAUCAACUCGCGCAAAGUUCACGGCGAGCGUAACGUCUUCAAUAAUAUCCACACCAAUCCCAUUUUCCUCAUAGUUAUCAUUGGCACCUUAAUCACUCAAGUAAUAUUAAUACAGUUUGGUAGCAUAGUGUUCAGCUCAACAGGCUUGACCCUGGAUGAGUGGAUGUGGUGUUUCUUCUUGGGUAUCUCCUCAUUGAUCUGGCAGCAGGUCAUCGCCUACAUCCCCACCAGGCAGCUACCCCGUAUCUGUGCGGUGGGUCGCAGCAGUGAGCCGGAGACACUGCCCACCAUCACGCCAGUGGAUGAAGACCAUCCGGACAGGGUGGACCAUAAACGAGCACAGAUCCUGUGGAUGCGGGGGCUGACAAGACUUCAGCAACAGAUCCGUGUUGUGCACGCUUUCCAGUCAGGUCUCCAGCACCGUAUCGAGCGCAAGAGCCUGAGUAACUCGGUCCACGAGUUCAUGGCCCCUGAGAACAGCUAUGACAUUGAGACGACGAAGCAGAAUGAAGACGCCGCCCCCAUGGUGUCCUUCAGCACGGGUACUGGAACGAGCUAUGAGACCCAGUUAUAAGGGAGCUAGCCGUGCUGUCAAGGUGGAAUUACACAGGAUGAGCAGCUUGUGAAAAUGAGACACAGCAUCGAAAGUGAGAUGCAAACCUGUACAAGGUUGAGCAUCAUCUAGUGCAGUCGCACUAGCAAGGGACAAUAAUGCAAAGGUUUAGUGGACCACAGAGAUUAAGUACAAUAAGUCAGGAUGGCAAAGGUAGACAACUCAUGACAUCUUGCUGAUGACUUGUCCAGUGUGCCGAUGGUGGUGGUGGUGGUGGUGGAGAUACACUGUUUCCUGUAAAAUUAUAUAUCCAACAUUCAGUGUGCACUAUGGUAGCAGGUUUUCUAGUAUCUUUUCCUCUGUUCAUCAACUUUGCUUUGAUGACUUAAUAGUGUUUGUGAACCAGAGAUUAGAGUAGGGCAGUACGGUAUUGGAUGAAUGGGUGAUUUCAAGUUCGGUGUUGACCUUUUGGUGUUUGGCCAAUCUUUGUAUCAGCACAACACUAAACUUUGAAUGAAGCUAGUCUUGGGUCACAUCUCACUAGGUAAGGUGUUGAGCUAUAAAUAAUGUGACAUGGAUCAUUUUGUAAACUUACAUUAAGUGUUGGAGCUAGGGAAGGCUGUGUUGAUACUGCUUUCCACAUGAGCACUGAACUUGACAUCACCCAGUGUCAAGGAGUGGGCAUGGUCAAUGAUGAAGGUAUUUGACGCAACCCUAGUUGCCGUGUAUGUUCAUGUCAGUACAUAAACAUUUUGAUAUAAAAGUGGAAGCAUCUAUCAGGUCAAUAGUGUAAAUGUGUUAGUUUAUAAUAAACAUGACUAUAUAUACUUGAAUCUUAUAUAAAAACAGUAGCAAAUGAGUCACUUAUUAAGAAGUGAGUUUGAUGUUAUUCUGAUUAUUUAUAACCUGAUUCAAAAGAAAACAAACUCCAAGGGGUGUGUGUAAGAAUUACUUUACAGUCUCUUUUCAUUCUGGAUAUUGCCAUGGUGUGUAUCUGUGUAUAUAGUGUGUACAUAUAUACUGCCUCCUUAGCAAGAAUUAACAUAAGAAUAAAAAAUAUCACAAAUGUGAAAGCUCUAGAUGUCGUGCAGUAGCAUCAAUGUGCAUUAAAGUUGAGUCUUGUAUUUGUCAUGUACUUGGUGUAUUACAAAACAUUGAAGGAACACAGUGAAACAUGAAUCUAAUAUGUUGUCUUUCAUGAUAAUCUUUUGAAGUAAUAGUUCUUAUGUGUGAUCAUUCCCUAUUUUAGACAUUUUUCUUUUGAUUAUCAGUUUCAUUUUUUUUUCUGGUAGUGUUGUUGAGAAAAUUAGAGACUCCAGUCUUGGAUGAGAGCCAAGUAUAAAUCGACUCAAAUAGCAUGUAUGAAAGACUUAGUGUAAAAUUGUUUUCUAUACUGUCUUAUGUCAUUUGUUAUUUGAAGAAAAGACAGUAUUUGUUGCUUCUUUUAUUUCAUGCUUAUUUCCAUAUGACAGUGAAUGGAUGACCUUUGAUACUUGGUAGAUUUGUAUAUACAUGAAAGAACAAUGAAGAUUCUGUUGAAUGCAAUGUAAAUUCAAUGUUUUUAUACUCGUUCUGAUUUUUACCAAGCACUCCUUCACUACAUACGCAGGAGUACACGUAAGCUCACCUUUUUGCAUAAAAGCACAAGCUUGUAGAUAGCCAAUCUUUUGAAUUAAGAAAAAAUGUUACCUCUGAUAUGAAAAUAAGAUGUGAAUAACUCAAUACCUCUGUCCAGAUAGUGGUAUGUUCCAUGGCAGAUGUUGACUCACAUGUGUUAAUAUUUCUAUUACGUUGUAUAUGUGGCAAGUAACCCUGCCUGCAAGACUCUUGCAGAAGUCGGUAUUAAACACUCCCUCUCAUUGGUGUUGUGUACAUCAAAGCUCCAAUUUACCCUGAUAUGGCCCUGUGUUACAUGUCCUGAUGCCAGCCUUUGGGACUGUUUGUGGCAUCUUAAGAGGGUAUUGGAGUAUUAGUGUUCUCCAUGUCUUUACACUGGGAGUGUUAAACACAAGAACAAUUAAUGUGGAAUUAAAGUUCAACUCAAGUUUGAGGUAUGUGCCCUUCCUUAUGUCAGUGGAACUAAAACACAACCAGCAAAAAUGUCUUGAGGAUUUUUUUUUCUCAUUUCUAAUUGGAUUGAAAAAUAUUCACUUGGGUCCUUCUUUUAUUGACUCCUUUGCUAUCUGUACAAAUAUGCACCCCUUAAAAUUAUGUAUCAAAAAUUGUUUGAAAUAUACAUUCAUUAAAAAUAAUGACAUGUGUGAGAUUUGAAGCUGACAUGUGUUUGUUGACUGACAGUAAUAAUAUAUGAUUUAUACUUAAAUUGUUCUAUACUCUUGAUAAUAAUGUUACAAAGAAAUGUGUAAAUAUAUUUAUAUGUAUUCCAAGAAUUUUUGUGUAUGUAAAUGAAGCUGGGAAACCAAGAGAUGGCAUAUACAGUUGGGAUUGAUGCAUCAUAAAGUUUCAGCUAAAUAAGGAGAUCAUAAACUUUACACUAUAAAUCAUGGCUACUUUUUUAAAAUAUAUGUUCCUGCAAUGAAGCAAGAACAUCUACGAGAUAUAAUUACAAAAUAUGAACUUUCGUUCUCAGAAGUAAAAAAAAAAACAUUUUUUUUUUCAUCAGAAUUGAUAGAUUGUGAAGAAUAUCCUGAUUGAUUUUUUUACUUGUCGAUAUGGGGCAUUUUUUCAUUCAAUAUUUUUAUUCUUCAAAAUUGUAUAAAUUGUUUGACCAGGAAAUGAGGGGUGCCACUGGGAGAAGUGAUCUGUAUCUGUAUUGGUGAAUAUCAUAAUUCAAUUUUAUUUCAUGCACUCAUUUGAAAAUAAUACAAUCUCGUGUUGGUCUAUUUUGAAUAAUGAUUUUGCUUGAUAAAUGUGGCUUGAAUAGUACUGUUGAGAUACACAAGUUUAAUGUCAUACCAUAAGUUUUGAGUGUGUGAUAUUAUAAUAUGUUGAAGAAGAAAUAGAGACGUUUUUAAAGCAUAAGCUGUGUGUUCAUUUCAUUUCUUACUAGGAGAAGAACAGCACAUGGUAGUUAAUUUAUUUACUGAGCUUGUGAAUGUGUAUUAUUUCAGAUUAUUAGAGUGUAUAAACAGUUUUAGGAAAGGUAUGCACAUUUUCCAUUAUGUUUUGAAUCAAAGCUAAAGGACUCUCCUUCUCUUUCAUUUAGACAUCUCUUUCUAACAUUAAUUCUCAUAUAAAUUCAGUAUUGGUAUUCAUAAAGAUAUAUUCAAUACCCUACCCUUAUAUACACACACAGUUCUUUUGUUAUGAAAUAGGAACCAUUAUGCAGACUUGCUCCUUUUUUAAUUUAUGAUUGCCAUGAUUUUUUUUUAUAUUAAUCCAAAGGUAUUUGCAAUUCCAUAUUUAUGAGAUAUGCAGCUAUAACACCAAUAUUGGAUCAGAAUGGGGUAGAAACUUCCACUCCAAUGACUAUUACUGAUAAUUAAAAUGAAUAGUCAGAGUCCUAUAAUGUCUUAAUGUUACCGUACACAGAAAUAAGGACAAUUUUAUGAAAGAGCCUCCUCAUCUUUCUAGUUUUACCCUGCUGAUCUAUAUUUCAUUACAAUUUUUCUCUCUCUCUUAUUUCUUGCUCACAUCCCAUUUCUUUGUCUCGAUGUUCCUAAAGUGAGAUUUGAAAAGAUGCAAACCAUUUAUUCUUUCAUUAUGAUGAUCAUUGAAAGGAGCUGCAGAUAACCUCUUCAGCUUUGGUUGAUUUCUCAAAACCUUGUCUUUAUUUUCUCGCUUAUUUUUCAUUUGUUCUCAUCGUUAGAGAUGGCUUGUAUUCUGUGCAUGAUCUCACCGAAGUGCUGACCAUUUUAUAUAUAUAUAUUUAAGGAAUAAAAGAAAGAGAUGAGAGUUAUGUUUUGUAAUGCUUUUAUUGAUUAUUUUUUUCUGACGUGGUUAAAUUCAGUGAUUCAAUUUAUUGUCAAUAAAUCUAAAACUACUUAAGUUGCAAAUUUGAUUUUGCAUAAAUUUGCGCAAUCAUUUACUUUUGUUGUCAUGUGUAGAUUGUUCAUGGAUUUGUUGAUUUUGGAAGGUAAUUUUUGAGGAGAGAGAAAACAUGCCAUGACAACCAAACUUUGUAUCUCAGAAUGACAUAUUUUGCUGCUGUAUUGGUUCUUGUGUGUAUUUUUGUUUUGGAAUGUUUGUACGUGGUAGGCAAAUUCUAUCAGACCUGUCAAACUUUUAUGUACAUGUAUUCUGUAUUGUAUCCCGAAGGAAAGGGAAUGAAUUGGGUAUAUUGGGAAACAGCAUAAAUUAUAAAUUGAUGAUAUUGUACCAUAAGCUAGGUAUAUCAUUGAAAAGAUGCAUACUUCCAGUUAAGGUUGAAAAUUGGUGGUAAUUAAUUCUUGAUAUAUGUGUGUUAUGUUGUGGCAAAUGUUCAUUUCAAGUGGCGAAAGUUUUUUGGUUCGUUCACUGGUAAUGUACAUAACUCUCAACAAUAAUGGCACCCUUACAGUUGAAUAUCAAUUUAUGCAAAUACGUAGGGGUCUACUUGGAUACUAAUAUGUAAGUGGAUAUUUUAUUUUCUUUUAUCAUGUAGCUAAGUGUUUGAGGAUAUUGAAUAUUUUAUCUAUUAAAUAUUGAGAAUUUCUCAAGAUAUCAGGUUAGCACUCUUUUGUUUAUAUAUAUUUGAAUUUUCUUGGAUAUAAAAAAGUAAUCAAUAUUCCUGUGAUCAUAUAUGGAGUCAAGUUAUGCACUGUAAAUACCGCAAGAGGGUGUUCAUUUAGAAUCUCUUUGGCAAUGCAAAAAUUUUGAGAUAGAUAAAAUUUAAAUGUUAACAUUAUAUUUCCCUUUUUUAAUUGUUAACUAGUUACAAUAAUGUAUACAGGCCAUGAUCAUUUAAGGCGAUUGGUCCUGUUAGCAUGUCUUGGUCGUAAUUGCACCUGACAAAGACAGUGAAGCCAAGAUCUGAAUGACUCUCGGCAGUAGAGAAUUUUAUCUUAUUAUAGGGUGCAAUUUUAUCUAUUCAUGUAUAAGAUCACUGAUGUGUUGCAUUCCUAUGCAUUUUCAAGUAAGUAAGUAGAAUAUUAGGAAAAUAUAAACAUUUAUAAUCACAUUAACCAGUUUGAUGAGCAUAGUGAUAUGUGGAAUUAUCAUUCAGUGUAUGAUGCUUUUCUUUUCUUUUUUUUCCAAGAAAGGUGUAUGUAUUUGAAUUAUAUAUGUAUCUCUCUUCUUUGAAUUUGAAUGAACAUAUUUGUGUUGAUGCUACUGGCAAAGAAUCGUUUUGAAAACGUACUAAAUACUCUUUGUGAGAGAACAAAGAGUGGACAUGGACGUGCUGCUGCCAUGUCGGUUGAAGCAGUCUAGAAAACUGCUUUUGUUAUGUUUGUUGUUUUUUUUUACUACUCAAAAAUAUGAUGGGUUUCUAUAUAUAUGAUAGUGUCGGUGUGUAGUGUUGGAAAAUAGGACCUGUUUCUUUUCUUCUUUAUUACUCGAUGGGAACGUGAGCCGAAGUUUUGAAAAAGAAAAUUGUGACUAAUGACAUGAAUCCAUUUCAACACUAUGGAAUGUUAAGAUGAUAAUUAGUAUCUAUUGGAAGUUGCCCCAGUUUUUGUAGCUCCUUGCAGUGAUGUACAGUUAAUGACUGGAAUAAACAAUAAACGGUUCAUUCAAAACUCA